CUGUUUCCAUCUCCACACAUUACCCAUCUUUAUCAAUUUUUCACUAUUCUCAAUUUCUCAUCCAGUUGCAAUCAAUUUUUCUUAUCUUCUCGAUUCGAAUAUCGAAAAUGGAGACUCCAUCUUCCAUUAGAAGGGUUACAAGGUCCCAAGCUCUUGCUUCCGCUAACAACAGCACCAACAUACCCAUGUCGAAAAAAAAUGAUGGGACUGAAAAGGGGGUUGUGAAAUCGAAACAGAGAACUGGACAGGACCGAUCGGCUUUAUUCGAUAUAACGAAUGAUUCACCGAUUGUUGGGCUUGCCAUGGGGAGUUUGGAGACCCCUUCAUCAUUUGUUUCCAAGAGGAAGAAUUGUGGUUCAAUGGCCAAGAAUGUGGGGACUCCUGGAUCUGGGGAGGCUCUUUUGAGGGGUCAAGUCAAGACCCUGUUGCAGAAAGUUGAAGAGGAGGCGGAGAUUUCGAAGAUUUUGGUUGAUGGUGUUAAUAGGCCUUUUUAUGGCGAGGUAGUCCUUGGCCUUCCUGCUCCAACUCCUAACAAUACUCCUCAGGUCUCGAAUGUUUCGGGUAAUGGAAGCGUCGAAAACAAGGGUUUAGAGUCUGUUGUUUCCUCUCCUGUUUCGGAACAAUUUGCUUUUUCUCAGAUUAUCACUGAUUUAUUUGAUGGCCAGAAGAAGGAAGAGUCUGUUGAAUCUGAAAAGAGCUUGGUAACAAGGUCUCUACUCUUUGAUUUCUCUGAAAAAUCGGAGGGUUCUGUGGACUCUUCAUCUGAUUGCACCUCUGUGUUGACAUUUGAUGGAGGGAGUGGUGCAAGUAAAGUGAAGUCAUCCACUGAUGAUGAUGAUGCCUCUAUCUGGUCAAUUCAAGUGAAUGCGAGUACUAAAGAUGAUGAAGACGACGAUGUUGAAGAUGAAGUGUAUGGCGAAGAAGAGGAGGAAUAUGAUGAACAGGAGGAAGAAGAGUAUUGUGAUGAUGCAAUUUUGGAUGGAUUGUGUGAGGGACUGAGCAGUGUCAGUGUCAAUGGAGUCGAAUUUGCUGGGAAGCACACACGGUUCGUGUAUAACAGCGAUGGUGAGCUCGAAGGAGAAGAGGAUUGUGAUGCUGGUAAUGGUUCUCCAGAUGGUGCCUUGAAGUUGAAGGGCUUGCCAACACCAAAGGGGAAGCAUGUGCGUUUCCCAAUGGAAGACUGAGCUUCUAAAUUGCUUCAUUAGUUGAUUCUUGCUGUUGGUUGUCUUUCUGGUGACACCAACCUUAUUGUUUAUUUCAAGUUUCUUUUUCUGUUCUAAAUGUCGUGACAUGAAACUUUUGAUUGAUUGGAAAGAUUUUAUUCCAACUUAUGAUAUUUUAAGUCACCCGGUUAUAGUUUUAUUUUCUUUGA